CCAAGAGAAGAUAUAAAGAAAUCUAGAAUGUCAGAUAAUACUAAUAACAAGGAAGUAACAACCGGCGUAGUCAAACCAACUGCUUCUAUACUACCAACAGAAGUUACAGGCCCGAAAGCAGAAAUUGGCAAAUAUUUAGCCAUGGAUUGUGAAAUGGUUGGUGUAGGUAGAGAUGGUGAAGAGAGUGUUUUAGCCCGCGUUAGUAUAGUCAACUACCAUGGCGCUGUUAUCUACGACACUUUUGUCCGUCCAAUGGAGAAAGUAACCGAUUUUCGUACAUGGGUCAGUGGUGUUACCUUCAAAGAUGUAGAGAAAGCUCCUCUAUUCAGUGAAGUUCAGCAGCAUGUUGCAGAUUUGUUAGAGGGUAGAAUUCUCAUAGGACACGCGAUUAAUAACGAUUUGAGAGCUUUAUUGUUGACGCAUCCACCUUCGCAUAUAAGGGAUACCGCAAAGUAUGAACAAUUGCACACUAUCGCUAAAACUAAGAGACCAAAACUCAAAGCUCUCGCUAAGCUCGUUCUUGGUAUUGAUAUCCAAGAAAACGAACACAGUUCUGUAAUUGAUGCGCAAGCUACAAUGGAAGUGUACAAACGUUAUCAAUCAUUGUGGGAGGGCACUCUCGCUCGUCAGGCAAAGAUACUCCAAGCUAAGAAAUCUGGCAAGAAAGGUGCAAAAAAGAGUAACAAUAGCAAUAUUAAGAAGAAGAGUCCAGUCAACCUCAACUCAGCUGCUCCUACCGCAUCUUCUGCAUCUUCAUCUGACUGGUGGAAUGAAUCUGCCAUGACAACAGCAUAAUUAAUCAUCAUAAUACCAAAUAGACCAACUUGUUGUAUAAAUACACUAUUUAUUGCUCUUUAACUUUUAAACUCUUUUCUCUUUCUCUCUAAUCUUUGAUGCUUUCUUUCCUCUCUAUAUGCAGUCUCUUCUUUCACUUCUGGUGUGUCUUCAUAUGCUCUACUACCCAUACCCCAGGAACCAAGGCCCAUUCCAUGAUCCUCUCUUACACCCCAAACGUGAUUAUUAGAGAAAACAGGUGCAUUGUCACGUUGAAGUAUACCACCUGGGUUGUUAUACUCUUCGCCAAAAUCUUCACCAUGGGUAGCCAUUUCAGCUAACUUUUUUAUACCUUUUGUUGCAUUUGUACUUUUCUCCCAAACUCUAGCUGAAAUUGGUAAACUUAUCCAUUUUUCUGGAUGAUUUGUUAAGUAAUUUGAAGAUCCCAUUUCAAUUAAUCUAGAUACAGCGCGUCUAUAUGCGAAUUUUUCAUCUUCACCUGAUAAAAUUGCUAAUCCGUGUAAUUGUUGAGCAGGUCGUGUUUGUAAUUUUGAGCUGAUCGUACCUGCACUUGAUACAUGCGGUGAUGAUUGCGCUUCUAUACCUUCAGAUAUGGCUUCAUAAGCUAUUAAAUCAUCAAUCUCUUCUUGUUUACCCGUCGAAUCAGGAAAAAAUAAUCUAUCAAUAUUGUCUUGCGCGUAAGCUAUCAAUCUACAUUUUGAUUCAUAAAGGGCGUCUAUAAGUGUAAUGAAUCUUCUCGCUUGAUUCUUUUGAGAUAUGCGCAUAACUGGUAUUUGAUCAAUAAUUAUAGUAUCAAAUGUACUAGCAAGUGCUAAGUAAUCUGAUGCACCGAGUGGGCUAUCACAUAAUUCUGUGAAGGUGAAUUUAGCUAUACCCUUUGAAGUUUCAUUAAUAUAGACUUCACGUCCAUAAACCAUUAAUUUCCGCGAUUGUCGUUCACUUCCCAUCAAUUUUUCAACAAGACAUUCAAAUUCAUGUCUGUCAUUGACAAACCAUGAUAUAGUCUCACCGUGUGGUUUAGUUGUCCGAUGAUCUAUUCCUGCAUCGAGAUUUAAACCAUUACAACGCCUUUCAAGAGCGAAAAGAAAGUCAUUUAGGUUCUUCGAUCCUACACCUUUAGCAUAUAGUUCUGACGGUGGUUUGUUGGAUGUAGAGAGGAGAAUUCCACCAAACCUCAAAAACCAACUGAGGGUAUCUCUAAGCAAAACUGCUGAUGCUAUGUCUAACAUUUGUAGCUCAUCUAAAUAGAGUAUAUGGCCAUGGUUGAGAAAUAACUUUCGAGCAACAGCAAAAGAGAUUGAGGUAUGCAUCAUUAACGAAUUCUCCGCUUCUAGAUCUACUGGAUUAGAUUUUUGGGCUUCCUCACUGAAAAUACCUCUUCUCCGCUGCAUUUCUUCCCAUACUAAACCAUAGACUAAAGUCAUAAAAGCAUGAUAAUGUAGUCUAAUUUUACGGGAUGUUGGUAGACUUCCAAACCAAAUGUCUAAAAUGAAUGACUUCCCAGAUCCUGGAUCACCAUAAAGUAGGAUGCCUUUCGGAGUUUGAAGACCUUCCAAAGCUUCAGUACCGGUGAGUGACUUCACCAAUGCUGUUUCCUUAUCGUGGUCAUCGUGGCUGCGUAAAUUGGUGAGACGUUUGAAUGAGUUUAUCCAACCGGACUCUUGUUUAAGUGCUCUACUAAUUGGUUUUAAAGUUCUGAGUAAUUCCAAUGGUGGUGUAUAUUCACAUAAUUCCUUAUGAUGUCCUUUCAAUCUUGUCAAUAUCGCUAAUUGAUCGCGAUCGUUAUCAAUCUCUCCGAGUGCUAGUUUAGCUCUCCAUAAAUCUAUCGGAUUUGUGUGCACGAU